CUUGAACUGCCGGGGAGUCAGCAGCGGGCGCAGAGGCAUCCGCGGCGGGGAUCCUGGGAGAGAGCCGCGGCGGUGCAUAUCUCUGUGUCUGGGGCUCCGAGGCAGCCUUCUCGAGUGUGAAAAGAGAGAUGUCCAGGUAUGAGGAACACAAAUAAAGAAACCCGUGGACCCCCAAACCGAUAUGCUUCAUGCGAUUGGUAUUAUCAUGUACCACUGAAACGAUCAGAAGACCAUGUUAAUUCUGAAGUUCCACAACAACCAACAUCCCAGAUCCCAGGUCUUGGUGAUUUUGGAGAACCCCACAGUGAGAUUACCUUUGGGGGCCGAAAGAAGUGGAUCAAAGACACCGACUCAGAAUAUGUAAAGCUGGCAAAACAAGGCGGUCAACCUGAUUUGUUGAAACAUUUUACAUCUACUCCGCGAAAAGUGUCCCUGGGGUCCUAUGGUCCACCUGAGUGGUACUCCCAUCAUAGCAAACCAGCAGGACCUGAUGAGUCUAAACCUCGAGUUUCAACCCUCCCAGACUACCUGAUUCAUGAAGAGUUUAAAGCUGAUCAAGCCUCCAACUAUGAGCCUAAAAGGGGGCCUUUUGAUUUUGAUAUGAAAAGCGUUUGGCAGAGGGAUGCUGAGGACAAAGAAAACAAGGAGAAAAGAGAGGAAAAUGGAGUACAAAUUGUGAGCGCUCCAGGCAGCACAAAAGAAGAGAUAAAGCUUCCUGCAAUAACACCAAAAUACCCAUAGAGAACACCACAGCCAACGGCAGCUAAGGAAUUCCAUGGAGGAAACAGGCUUUACUUCCCCCAAUGUAAGCCUGUUCACAAAAAAAAUGAACCUGUUAACUUCAGUAAACUGAUAAGCAGUGGUUAUGGAGAUGACUGGUUUCAGCAGCGUGAUGAGUGGGAGAAAAAGACAUCUCAACCUUAUGAUUCAGAGACAUCCCAGCCAGAAUCAACACAAACAGACAAUGAGUAAAAGCUGAUACUUCAUAGAAUUGCCACACAUUCUGUUGCUAUUUCAAAACAGCACAGCAUGCAGUACAUCUUAAGAAGCAAGCUUCAGUAGUUAAAAUUUGAUGUUACAUUAUGUGACUCUAUACAUGAUAUUUAAAGAAUGGGCCACAUUCCUCCCUUUUUGUUCAGUAAGUUUGCAACUGACAUGAAUAUGGCCCAACAAGCUUUUGAAGUCUACAUGCUUUCCUCCUGCUGUUACAUGACUUAGUCAGUUUCUUCAGGUUCUCUCUCUUUCUAAUGCCAUUUAUCACCAACUCCUGGCAAGAUUUCACAACCUAGUUUUUGAAAGCUAUUUCCAGUGGUUCAGGUGUUCUUAAAGCCACGGGAUCCAGUUAAUACAUUCUAUAUUACAUCACUAAACUAUUGGAGAGAGUAAUGGAGGAAAACUAUAAGAGUAAGUUGAGUAAGCUUUGCAAUGCUAAUCUGUUGUUAUUAUUUUUUUGUUUGUUUUCAAGUGUUGUAUGGGUAAGUAAAAGCAUUCUAGUAAUAUUAUAUAGAAUUUAAAAUUUAUAUUGGCACUGAAAUUAUUAUUCUGAAUGCUGGGUUGUAUUGAUAGUUUCCAACAUCAUUCUUAUUUUAUUUUGAUUUAUACCCCACAUCAUAUAUAAUUACUUUCUGCUUGAAUAAAUAUUAUU